AUGGGAGCUUGGUUAUUCAUUCUUGCCGUUGUGGUAAACUGUAUCAAUUUGUUCGGACAAGUUCAUUUUACCAUCCUAUAUGCCGAUUUAGAAGCCGACUAUAUCAACCCUAUUGAAUUAUGUUCCAAGGUGAACAGUUUGAUAACUCCAGAAGCCGCUUUACAUGGUGUGCUUACAACCUUAUUCCUACUGAAUGGAUACUGGUUUGUAUUUUUGCUAAACCUGCCCAUUUUAGCUUACAACGCCAACAAAGUGUACCAUAAAGUUCAACUUUUGGAUGCUACUGAGAUCUUUAGAACUCUUGGUAAGCACAAGAGAGAAAGUUUCUUGAAGUUGGGAUUCUACCUGUUGAUGUUCUUCUUCUACUUGUACAGGAUGAUCAUGGCAUUGAUCUCCGAGAGUGGUGACGAGUAA